UUUCUGAAGGAGAGUUGCAGCUUUUCGAUAUUAUCUGGGACACAGCUGAACUUCAAGACGCAGUAGAAGUUACCAUACAUCAAGAGCUACCGUCAGCAGGUGAGGUGAAGAUGGUGGACCGGCUUGCUAACAGCGAGGCCAACUCCAAACGCAUCGCAUUGGUGGAGAGCUGCUUUGGUGCUGCAGGCCAGCCGCUAGCCAUCCCAGGCCGUGUGCUGAUCGGAGAGGGCGUCCUCACCAAACUCUGCCGGAAAAAACCAAAAGCACGUCAGUUUUUCCUCUUCAACGACAUCCUGGUCUAUGGCAACAUUGUCAUCCAGAAGAAGAAGUACAACAAGCAGCACAUCAUCCCCCUGGAGAACGUCACCAUCGAAACGGUGCCAGACGAGGGCGAGCUGCGCAAUGGCUGGUUAAUCAAAACUCCCACCAAGUCGUUCGCCGUCUAUGCUGCCACUGCCACGGAAAAAUCCGAAUGGAUGAAUCACAUCGGCAAGUGUGUGCGAGAGCUGCUGCAGAAGAGUGGCAAGGCCCCGACAGGCGAGCACGCUGCUGUCUGGGUACCUGAUUCAGAGGCAACGGUGUGCAUGCGAUGCCACAAGGUGAAGUUUACUCCAGUCAGCCGCCGCCACCAUUGCAGGAAGUGUGGCUUUGUGGUUUGCGGUCCGUGCUCGGAGAAGAAGUUCCUGCUGCCCAGCCAGUCGUCCAAACCAGUUCGUGUGUGCGAGCACUGCUACUUACUGCUGAUGUCCGAUAGCCUCGGGCCGCGCUCAGAUUCCAUCACCCUGUCGGGGUCGAGCUUCAACAACAACACCUUGUCGGACGAUGAGGACGAAGACGACAGCAGUGACUGAGAAAUGCCCCAACCACUCCAGGACCUGUCCCUUCUCUGCACCGAGGAGAAAGUGCUCUUCCUUCAAACCAUUGCGUCAUCAAUUUCCUUCUUUUCUCCCGCCGAUUGAAUCAUAAUCCACCGUGAGAAGAAUUGAAUCUGAGGAGUCAUUCAGUGUUUCACUUUGGAGAUUCAAUGGACCUAAUUCAUAAAUUUCUUACACUAACUCUAGCUGAGACGGACACUUUCCAGAAAACUGUAAUUUCGUCAGUAAAACAUGGAAC